AUGCAGAAGAAUGAUACAAAGGAGCUGAAUGCCAGGUGUGAAGAGUGGAUUUCUCUCCAACAGGAGCUCGCUGCUCGUGUUCGCGUGCCGAGCAAUGAGAUAUACUGCCCACCACCAAUACCUCCUUCCACGGUUUGUCGGGAAUCCCCACCGGAGCUUUUGGAACCGAGAAGGGCAGGAGAAUUCGAUGCGGCUUUUGUUCAUCGUCACUUUCUCAUUCCAAAAGAAUUGCUCCAAAGCGAUCCCGUUUCUCCUCAGGCCUUGUCUAGCGUCGAUGGAUUAUCUAGCACAGGAUAUUAUCAUUUCGCACAUGAGAUCCUUGCACGACAGAUCCAAUGGGAUAUGGAUCGCCAACGGGAGUGGGUGGAGGCGCGGGUGUUCUCUGAGGAUUCGAACUCCACCACGCCACCUUUAUCUUCGUCUUUGCCUUCACCUUUAAAGGUUAUUGGGGGGGUCGAUAUUUCCACCCUCCCAGGGACGUCCUAUGGCGUCGCCUGUCUCUCCAUUCACGCAUUCCCAUCUCUUGAUUUUCUCGGCUCGUUCACGCAUCCCUGCGAGCUGGAGGAGCCUUACAUUUCAGGGUUCUUAGCCUUUCGAGAGGUGCGGCCGGUGAUGGAAUUGCUCGAUCGCGUUCAGGGAGCUCUCCGGGAGAAGGGCUGGAUGCCGCAGCUUUUGCUCGUGGAUGGGUGUGGGGUGAAUCACCCAAGACGCUGCGGGUUGGCCUCGCAUCUCGGGGUUCUCCUCGACAUUCCUACCAUCGGCUGCAGCAAAAAGAUGCUUUCCGUUGGGGGGCUUUCGCGCGAAGAUGUGGAAGGGUAUUUUCACUCCGUUGCGAGCCCAUCCCCCCACACAAAACCCCAGGGUUAUCACGUAGAAAAGCGAAACCUGCCGCGCGAUCGGGAUCGCAUCGAUCGGCUGCUGCCACCGCCGCUACAUCCCAUUCUUAUCAAACGUACCCCUUCCUCUUCCUUCUCCUCUUUAGAUGGCGACGAGCUCGUUGGGUACGCUGUGCAAACCAGCAAUAGUGCAAAGCGUUGCAUUUUUGUUUCCCCCGGAAACGAUCUCGGUUACGCGACAUCGGUUGGGUUGGUGCUGAAGAUGUGUAAACAUCGCAUCCCGGAGCCGAUCCGCACGGCUGAUUUGUUGUCGCGAGACUAUAUUCGCUCCAUAAAUCCGCAAAAGAGAUUAAUGGGGGAGGGAAAGGAAAAGUGA